UGGAUACUCUGCACUAAUGUUGGCUGCCUGGGAGGGCAGGACUGAAGUUGUUUCACUGCUACUUGAGGCUGGAGCUAAAGUUGGUCUACAGAAUGAGGUUGGAGACUCUGCACUGAUGUUGGCUGCCAGGACUGAAGUUGUUUCACUGCUACUUGAGGCUGGAGCUAAAGUUGAUCUACAGAAUGAGGCUGGAGCCUCUGCACUGAUGUUGGCUGCCAAGGAGAGUAGAACUGAAGUUGUUUCACUGCUACUUGAGGCUGGAGCUUACGUUGAUAUACAGAAUGAGCAUGGAGACUCUGCACUGAUGUUGGCUGCCAGGUGUUGCAGGACUGACACUGUUUCACUUCUACUAGAGGCUGGAGCUAAAAUUUACCUACGGAAUGAAUAUGGAGACUCUGCACUGAUGGAGGCUGUAAGGUGGGGUAGGACUGAAGUUGUUUCACUGCUAAUAGAGGCUGGAGCAAGCAUUGACCUACAGAAUAAGGAAGGAGACUCAGCUGUGAUAAUUGCUACCACAAAGUACAAUCUGUCAGUCCUGAAGGAGCUGGUCAGAGCUGGAGCUGACCUAAACCUGCAGAACCAGGAGGGGUUACGCAGCGUCGUGCGGCCUCGAGCUCGGCGAUAGUCCCUCGCUCCCGUGAGACUACAAUUUGUUGUUUAUUUGCUUGAGGAGAAAAUGAGAGCUAUGUAUGCAUUGCUAGACACAAUGAGUGUAGUCGGUGCUAGGCUCUUUGCUACUGGUCAUCAGGGGAGGUCCCAAUCCCUCACCAUGUCACACGUGUUUCGGCCUCUUUAAACUCCCAACACGUGAGAUAUUCCAGAAAGGGGGAGGCCACUCCACCUGGUUGGAGUCCAGAUUUGUCUACUACAUGGCUACAAUUAUUGUACUUACAAACUAACCUACAUAACAUAAAGGCAAUUUUAGUAUAGCA